AUUAGGUAGUGUAUUAACAAAUGUAAAAUUCGGUAUUAAAAUUUGGAAUUCAGACGAAUUUAAUGAGGCCAGUGCUCGUCUAGUGCUUAGUGUGUUAGCAUUGCCUCUAACUGGUCAAGAAAUAGAAGAUUUAGGCAUAGGAAUUGAAAUAUUUAUAUCUAAUAAUGGAUCGACUUUAAGGUAAUAGAGAAUUCUCGUUAAUUCGACAAUUUCUAUUUAAUACAAAGAUUUUUACACAUUGUAUGAAACAAUUCUUUCCAUUAAGGUAUGGUAACAAAGACAAACUAGAAUACGAACCAACACCUGGCAUACUCAAAUCAACUAAUUUCACUACUUUUACCCUAAAUUGGGAUCAUGGGUUUAUUACUUUCGGCCUAGAAGGCCAACUUAAACCUAUAUUUCUCUCUGAAAUAAAGGCCAAGAAGAACUUGAUGGGUUUCCAAAGAGAUAAAUUUGAUUUUUAUUCAGUGCAAGGCACCAAUGUGAUUUGGAAUUUUCCAUUUUGUUUGGAAGAUGGAGAAUGUGAUGUACAUACAACAACAGGUGGUCAGUUUCAACAGUACUGGCCUUUGAGACAAAAAGACAUUGUUUACGAUUUGUAUGUUUAUGUUAGAGCUUUCCAUCAUGCUUCGAUAUUGGUUCAACCAUCGCCCGCAGUAGACUAUCCCUGUUUUAAAAUUGUUUUUCUUGGUUCUAAUGGUUAUACUAGGUUUACCAUUAAAGAGUAUGAAGGUGCUUCAGAGAUAGUACUAAAGGAAAUUCAGAUAGAAGAUAUAAUAAGCUACUGGGAAUGGAACGAGUUCUCCAUAUCUUUUUUCGCAAACAGUUUACAAGCAAGUAGUAUUGGUUUGCAUAUUAAAAAAAACUUCUAGGUUGUUUAUUAUUUUUUGUUAUAGUCUUACAUAUUUU